AUAUCCCAUGCUCCAUGACUUGGACGUGACAUCCUGUCGCAACAUCAAACCACAACUUUCACAAUUUUUCGACAUCUACCGGCUUAAUACAUAUCCACUCUACCCGACUCGAUGGCAUUCUUCUCCAAACUGAAAAAGGCAAAGGAAGCCGCUGAUGAACACAAGAAAGAAGCGGCUGUUCAAGAGCAAGAAAAGCCCAAGGUCCCAUACAAGCAUGUUCCCGUCCACGCAGGUAGAGACGCUCUGUCAGCCACCCCAUCGGCUAUACGCCCCGAUGAAUUGAGGGAGAAGAUCGCAGCGGCACGAAGGAGCAGGUCCAUAUCAAACGCCAGCGCACCCACGAGAUCAGGCUCCGCAGUGUACCAGUCUGCGAACCCAACGCGAUCGCGUCCCAGCUCACUAUACUCUUCCCCAAGCUCUACUGUCUCCUCGGCCAGCCACAGUCGCAAUGGAAGCCUAGGCAGGAGGACGAACAGCGACCUGUCCAUUUCCACCAUGAUGCAUUCGCGCCAAGAGACGCCUUCACGUGGACGCCAACCUGUGCGGCACGACUAUUUCAGCCACGCAUCGGGCGUCCCUGCUGUACCCCAGCUUCCUGCACAGCAUCGCCCAAAAGCUCAAAAGCCCGUCAGCAGCCGCUCUUCCAUGACCAAGAGGAGAAGCCCGCUCUCAGCCAUGUCCAUUACUGAAGAUGAGAGCUCGGCGACUGAAAUCUCAAGGCCUAACAGCAGCCAAGACCACUCCAAAGACAUGGCUGGAGACAUUACCAAUGAGCAGAACUACAGCCGGCCAUUGUCCACUGUUACCUCAGCAGCAGAGGUAGCUGCUCAGACGCAGCAAAAGAAGCUCCCAACCGUCGAAGUCACGGCGAAGCCUCAGCUCACACAGAGGAAGUCCCUGAAACAACGAUUUUCCCUUUUCUCCCGCAGGAGCAUGGUCGUUGCUGCACACUAGAUGAUAUCAUACUAUUAACAGCGGAUAUUGGUGCAUGACGAAGGUUCUUCGCGGCACAGCACACUCUCUGACCUGUCUUUUGGCGGCUACAUUCACUUUGUCGCAAUAUACACAACUAGCAUUUCGUUCUAGCGAGGCGUUUGGGCUUUGAGGGAUCACUAUGGGCACUACAAGUCUACAACACAAGGCUUUUCCUUGAUGUCACGAAGGAAUAGGAUGGGAA